UGUUCCUGCCCUUGAACCGGCUCUCGGAUUCCCCGCAGCUUCUUGUGCUUCCAACUUCUUGUGCUACAACAUUCGGUCUUAGUGCUGUCUCGUCGUGUUUUUCUUCCUCUUUUUGUAAUUUCUUCAUGUCUUGUUUUCGGCUCCAUGUUCAAGUUCUCGGCCGUCACGGACCGUGGUAGUCGCGCACGCGUUCCGCAGCGCGCAGGCACAAGCGCGCGGGUGUAGCCCCUCGCCUGAUUUGCACUGGCACGGGUCAUUUCAGGUUAGAGCCUGGCGCUGUGUCCCGUUAAGCUUGGCCCACGGAGAGCAACACUGGAUCCAGCUGAGGUGGAAUGCACGGCCAGUAGGACACCGACUCGUUUCUGGAUACAAGCUUCGUGGUGCAUAUGCGGUGUACCUCUCGGGGAGCUCAGCUGCUCCUCAGCUCAGCUCACAUUCAGCCCUCAGCCCUUCCUCUGGUUCCCAGAUGUCUGAGGAGGCUCUGAGGAUGUCAUCCUGGCCUUGAAGCCCACCAGUAUGUCAGAGCCUGCAGAGAAAUGCUCCCCCCGCUGGAAGGAUGAGGCUGUUCAAAACGGUUACAUACCGAGCUACCUGGACAAGGAUGAGCUGUGUGUAGUGUGCGGGGACAAAGCCACAGGCUACCACUACCGCUGCAUCACAUGCGAAGGCUGCAAGGGGUUCUUCAGGAGAACCAUUCAGAAGAACCUGAACCCGACCUACGCCUGCAAGUACGAGGGGAAGUGUGUCAUCGACAAGGUGACGAGGAACCAGUGCCAAGAAUGUCGCUUCAAGAAGUGCAUAGCGGUAGGAAUGGCAACAGACUUGGUUCUGGACGACAGCAAGAGGCUGGCCAAGCGGAAGCUGAUCGAGGAGAACCGGGAGCGCCGGCGGAGGGAGGAGCUGCAGAAGACGGCGUGGGACCGACUGGAGCCCACCCAGGAGGAGUGGGAGCUCAUCCGCCUGGUGACGGAGGCCCACAUGUCCACCAACGCUCAGGGCAGCCACUGGAAGCAGAAGAGGAAAUUCCUGGUCGAGGAAGCAAUGCUUCUUAAUGAAAUAACAUGUAAUUUAUUCUAUACUUCUGACCAGAGUGCAGCAGGGGUGAAGGACACUAAGCCUGAGGAUUGUGGUCAAGCCUCCAUGGUUAAUGCAGCUGAGGAAAACAAAGUGGAUAUUGAAGCCUUCAGUCAGUUUACAAAAAUUAUCACCCCUGCCAUAACCCGAGUGGUGGACUUUGCCAAAAAACUGCCAAUGUUCUGUGAGCUGCCUUGUGAAGACCAGAUCAUCCUGCUGAAAGGUUGCUGCAUGGAGAUCAUGUCGCUGCGAGCGGCCGUACGCUACGACCCGGACAGCGAAACCCUCACGCUCAACGGGGAAAUGGCCGUGACUCGAGGUCAGCUGAAAAACGGAGGACUGGGCGUGGUGUCGGACGCCAUCUUUGAUCUGGGCGUGUCGUUGGCCUCCUUCAACCUGGAUGACUCUGAGGUGGCUCUCCUGCAGGCUGUAAUCCUUCUGUCAUCCGAUCGUCCAGGCCUGACCAGCGUGGAGCGGAUCGAGCGUUGCCAAGAAGAGUUCCUGCUGGCCUUUGAACAUUACAUCAACUACCGCAAGCACAAGGUGGCGCACUUCUGGCCCAAGCUGCUGAUGAAGGUGACGGACCUGCGUAUGAUCGGCGCCUGCCACGCCAGCCGCUUCCUCCACAUGAAAGUGGAGUGUCCCACUGAGCUGUUCCCUCCACUCUUCCUGGAGGUCUUCGAGGACUGACCAACGGACGGCAGUGUAUGAGUGUGUUUGGACUGUGUGUACAUGUGUCGCCCAAAGCCUGGGCGCCCUGGUGGUCUCGGGGGCGGUACCAGCCGGAGGCCCGUCUCCCCGAACUCUCUGAUAGCACUACUGAGUGUCACUUCAUUCCAUAGUUUAGGACUAGCUCCCUGGUCUAGUUUUGGAUGAAACCAUUCCUCACAUUGCGGGUACAUGUGAAUAGCCUUUAUUUCUUUUCCUGGUUUGUCGUUAUUUUUGUGCAUAUAACCUCUCACCUCCAAUUUGACUCUAGUUUUGUUUUUGUUUUUCUUUCUUGACAAUUGUACAGUUGGUAUAACGGUGAUUUUAUUCACAGCUCUUUGAACGUUAUUGUUUUGGGGGUUUUUUUCUUUAUGUUUUACAGAAACUCAGUGAAAGUUGACCCGAUGCAGAGAAUCAGAGCAGCUCUGAUGGUUCUGUCUUUGGUUUCUGGUUCAUUCACUCUGUCCUGAGGAAUCCCACUGUCUCCUGACUCACUCCCAAAGCCAGCUGCUCGUAUCAAAUAAAGCUGCGUUCAGAAGCUCUCGAAAAAAAUCGGAAUUUUGGAAGCAGGCGGCUGCUGCGUCACUGUGACUGAGCUGCACAACCCCCACUGUUCUGCUGCACACUGCUAGGCAGCUGGCUGAAAGAAGCCUGCUGCACUUUUCUCACUCUUACCAGAAAAUACACAAUAAAGUAGCUGUUAUUCUAUAGUAAGCAGAAUCAAAUGUUCUCUUCUACACAAUUAGCAACUCGUACAUUUCGUCUAGUUCUUAUUUAUUGUCACAAUCUAAAUAAAAAACAAACAACAUCAUCGUAAUAUACCAGAUUACUUUUUUUAGAAAAUAUUUUUGCUACAAUGUUUUAAAUGAAAAUAGCUUUUUUGUUCGUCUUAAUAGCCUGAAAUGUUUCUCCGGCCGAUCUUACUGGAGGAACAUCACACCUAUCCUCAGAUGACGCUCCAUGCUGGGAGAAAAGCUAAACAAUGUGCAGCAUCAUUUAGAACGGAAUGUAUAAAGCAUGAUUUGUUUUGUUUUUUAUUUGGUUAGAGUUUUGCAGAGCUAUAUUUUCGUAACACAGAAAUACUCUAACUAGAUGCUUAAAACACUUUGUGGCAAUCUAUAACAGCUGGGAAAACGAAUCAAACUAAGGUGCUAGCUCUCUGUUUCAGGGAAGAUUCUGAAUACUAAUAUCUUCUUAGCAGAUCCCCACAGCAAGAAAUGCAAAAUUAGAAUUUUAAAAUUUUGUUGCAAAAAUUUGAAUCGCCACGGAAGUCCGACUAAACUGAAACAAGCUGAUCAAAUGGGAGAUUCAGACUGAGCCGACAGCUGAGGGAACGCAGCUGUAGCUGCAGCAGUAGAUGCUGCAGGAGUAGAUGCUCCAGCAGAAGAUGCUGCAGCAGCAGAUGCUGCAGCAGCAGUAGCAUCUAGAUGCUGUGUUAAACUGCUCCUCAUCCCCACAAACUGCUCAGGAAUAACUAACACAACUUCACUGCUGGCCAGAACCUCAAUCACUGCACAUCAUAAGAAAUCUGAUUUUGUGCCAAAAUAAAGUGCGUGACCUCCACCCCCCUACCCUCAUCACACCCAUUGAAAUCAUUUCUUAGAUGUUAAGAUGGUGAAUAUUAUCAUAUUUAAUAUCUUGUAAAACGUGACGCGGUCAGAGAGUGAGUCAUGUUUCAGUGAAGAUCUCAGCCAUGGUGAUCGGCGCUCUCAUCCAAUCAUGUCAGUAUUGUUUUCUCUCCGUUUCCAGCUCUCUGUAAUCACAACACUGUAAGCUGAAGCAGUGAUGUCAUGGUGCUAUGAUGGUGAAAUGAACUGAGUUCUCAUUUACAUGUCUGAAUCGCAGCCUGGCAUUCAGCGACACAAAUGUAGACUAUAACCCAAACAUAAUGUCAUGUACAGUAGACCUGACAGCUCCACCAAUCAGCCAUAACAUCAUGACUGUGUCGGCACGCCGUUCCUUCCAAACCCGUUAACAGUGACGCCGCCGUCAGUGGCUCAUCGUUUCGCUCUAGAUGAUCUCUAACAUCAUCAGAUGUUCAGUUGGACUGGAACCGGGCCAGAACCUCUGAGAGGGAAAGGAAAACACAAAAUCUUACCAAGAAGUUUUGUCUUGUUUUCAGUGCAAAUAUCUCCACAGCACACUUGAAGUAAGACAGAAGUUACUUUUAAGUUAGUUUUUAGCCAGAUAAAGGAGUUUCUUACAUAUAGAUUUAAAAAGUUAUAGUUCCACUGGCAGAUUUUCUUCACAACUAAGCAAUGUUUGUUUAUUUGUUUAUUUAUUUGGGUCCCUUCAGCCAUCGCCAUAACGAUAGCUGCUCUUCCUGGGAUCCACAAUGAAUCAAUCAGUUGCAUGAAAAUUUAAAAUGAGCUUGAUCAUUUCCAUAUUUUUGGAAGGCCAGUUUUGUUUACAGACACAUAAUAAUUCAUUUUUCUCAUGGGUCGACUGUCUGUGGUUUCCAUUUCUGUUUUAUUUAUUGUUUUUGGUUGAUUUUACAUAUUUCAAAUAUCUUCCAGUUCCAGUAUUAAGUGUUCUUUACGAAAUUAAAGUUUAUUGGUCUUUAGUGUUGUUAUGCCAUUAUCAAUGCAUGACUUAAAAAUGGUCUCAUAAAACCAGUUGUAUCAUUUAUCAUAAUCAUUUCUGGGGCAACUUAUCAGUUAGCAAAAUGUGUUAUCAUGAUAAAGACUUUAUGUGUCCAGAACCACCUGAGACAUUUUCCUGAUUUAAGUGAAAAAAUCCACUUGUGGAAAUUAUGCUUUAACAAUUAAUGACUCAAAACGAGCUGCUAUGACUUGGAGAAAAGUCACUUGAAAGUUAUUUUUGUCUAAUUUCAAGUGUGCCAAGAUAUCAGUACUGGACUCUAAACCAAAUACAUGGUAUUAUUUUGUGUUUUUUCAGUGUUGGUCAGUUUAUUAUUAUUAUUACUAGUAUUAGUAUUAGUAUGAAGGUCUGAACUCAACCAUGACAGUUAGAGGUACAUAUGGAGGCUUCAGGUUCUGGUCCAGUUUAGCAGAACUCAGUCCCAGCCGUCCAUGUAAUGUAAAACCAGAUCAGACCAACAGGCUCCUCCCAUUCUGCUGAGCCACACAGAGGAGCAUGACUGAGCUGAGUGCUCUGAGCGCAGACGGCGGCGAGCCCAGCGAACAGCACCGCACAGAGUUCUGACACCUUUCCACCUGAAUCAGCACUUUGAGCUGCAGCUGAGCAACCAGGCCGGGUUUCUGCUAACAAAGAGAUGAAAAAGGCAAAGGAGGGAGACCUUAUGUGGUGUAAUGUUUAAAUUAUGAAUCUCCAUGGUGAUAGAGGAAGCAAAUCCUUAAGUAUGCAGUAAUAUGUUAGGGUUUCAAAUUGUCUACAUUAUGAGUCAGAAACAAUCACAGCCCUAUCAGGAUUCCCUUAUGAGACACCUGGGAAUGUCAGAAGCGUCCUCAUGCUUUGGGGUCUUCACAUGUCAACCAGGAGUCUGACUCCAUGGAAAAAAACUAAAAGCAAAUGAAAUAGGCCAAUUGUAUUUCCUAUAGGAAAGGAAUGGUGUUGAAUUUGCUGUAUUAUCAACAAUACGGCAAAGUUAUUGACAAAAUACGUCUAGUUCUCGCAUUGUUUGGGGCUUGAUUGAACAAAUUUAUUCUCAGAAUAAAAACACGUUUUGCAUCACUUUCUUUCUAAAUGUUUGCCACGUUCAGCCGAGUUCAAUCAGUUUUGUGUCAUCAGUUUGGGUGCAGCGAAGUUUUCAGUAAAAGUCUCUGGAUAAACAUGACAUGGUGGGACUGAACAGGACGUCAGUGGUUCACCCCCACUAGCCAGUGGUCAUAAUGUUAUGGCUGAUUGAGUGACAUGCUCAGGAUCUGAAGGCUGAAUGAAUGUUAACUUGUCCAAAACAAACUUGAUCUCAUCAGCUGGCCGUCAUCCAGCAAAGAAGCUGGUAAAAUUGUGAAAAGAAAAAAAACAACAUCUCACUUUCAUGUCAUUGUUUUAAUCAGCAUGUUGUGUUUUUGUUGAUGUUUAGAGAUUAUCAGGGUUUUAUUCCAGUGGAAAGAGUUUUAUUCGUCUGUCUGGUUUUCACAAAGCUUCCCUCUCCACCUGAAAACAGCUUGUGGUUUUAUUUUGUACUUUUUCUCUCAUUUCUGUGAAGUGAUGCCUUUUUAUCAAAGCAAUAGACUUGCUACAGUGUUAGGAUGACCUGGACCUCACACCAACACACACACACACCUCGCAAACUGUACAGGUUGAAACAAAAUGCACAGACAAUCAGAUGGAGGAGGACGCAAAGGUGCCCAAACUCAGGUAGCCCAACCUGAAAUGCAGGGUCAGGCCAUUUGGGGAAGCAGCACUGACCACCUUUACGUGCACACGCUUACUGUCACAUAAUGACUUUGUAGGUAGAGGGUCUAUCUGUGGUCUGACCUCUUGUUACAAACAGAUUCUAUGUCGUGUGGCCCUCUUCAACCAAAAACGUCCAGGAAGUAAACUCAGGGAACUAAACAAGGCCCCAUGUCUCCCCUCACUUUUAUUAUUUCUGAUCCCUUUUCUAUAUUUAUUUAUUAAACAAUAAAAGUUCACUAAAAAAAAUAGACAGAUAACACUAACAUGUUCUACUGAUGAAUUGCCAGAUCCAAAGUGGAUUCAAAAUUGUCUUAUGAAAGAGAAUAAACUUGAUUUCAGAGUAAAUACAUAUUAUACUGUCUGGUUAUAAUGCAAAACCAAUGGAUGUAGCAUUUGGUGUUAAAUACUAUUAGCAAUACAAGUCCAUAAUAUAUGUCCCUUCAUUUUAAGUGUUCAAACACAAAAGGAACAUGUUUUUAAAAUAUAUAUUUUACAAAUAAAAGAAUAUAACAUUAACCAUAAGAAGAGCUGAUAAUUAAAUCAGCUGCAGUUUUCAAUACUUCUGUUUGUAUCCAAUAUGGCUGGUGAGCGGCCAUAUUGGAUACAAAACUGGUCUGUUGGUGAGCUUUGUCUUUCCCGGUUUGAAUUAUGAUGUUGGAGGCAGAAGGGAAGGGUGUAUAAAUGAGUAACCAUAGAAACCAGGAGUUCAUGUUUUUUCAAGUUACAAGAGAUUAUGAGACUCAUGAAGCACUUUGAAACGUCUUGGGAUGUUAGCUGUUAGCUUCCUCUGUGUCUUCCAGUCUGGUCUUAUCUAGUUAUUGUAUCAAUCAAAUGGGAACAAAAUACACACUUUUUAUCAAUCAAUAUCAAUUAAUAUAGAAAUAAGUCAGAGAUCUGGUCUUCGUCAUGUUAACACAUGCUAAAUGUCCAGAUGUCAGAUGGACACUAAUAUCACUGUAAUGCAUAAACAUUAUGUUUAAAAAAGUUUCUUCCUGGGUUUAAGCACAUGAGCAGCAGCCAUGAUGCUAUGAUAUAAUGCUAAUGGUUAUCUGAUCAUCAGUGGGUGGGAACAUCUAGGAAGCAGAACUUUACUCAGUUUGAUACUCUGGUCCUUCGAGGUUUGUGUUAGCUCAAUGCUAAUAAAGAACACCAUCAAUGAUCCUGAAGUAGCAACUGUGCCAUAGAUCAGAACAUGUUCUUACGUGUUUAGAAAGUCAUUUCCAAACUAUGUCAUCAUUGUAGAGUAACAAGGAAUUGUCACAAAUUGAUGUUAAAGUUGAAACCAUUGGAACAGAUUUUACCAUGAGCGUUCAGGCAGAACCACCUCAGGAUCUGCUUUGUUCUGUUGGACAAAUCAGAAACUAACAACGUCUACAGGCAACAGUCAGCAUGUUCUCUGUUAAAGUAGGACUUGUUUGGAAUAGUUCUUUGCAGAAAGUCUUUUUUGAGACAUACAUGAUGAAGUUACUAAGACCUAGUCAAAGUUCAGUCAAAGCUCAACCAAAAUCAAAUGUAUAAUGACCACAUCUUAAUUUAGCUGUGAAAAAACAAAAAUGCCUUCAGAUGUUAAUAUUCCAUCUAUCAACAGUAAGGUUUAAAUGUUACUUCACUUCACCAAAUAUGUUAAGAGCAACGGAAGGCUGCUGGUGCAGUCCUGACUAAACACUCUUAAGGAUGUGUGUAGUUAGUUCCUUCUCAGCCUGGUUUGGACAUUUGCAGGUUCCUGAGGUCAAACUCAGUGUGGUUGAAGUUCAAAUCAAACAUAAAUGUCACAGGAAUCAACUGGACUUUUUUUUUUUUUUACACUUCUGCUGACUUUUGUCUUAAAGCAGAAGCCCUGCUGGACGGCCUCAAUUUAUUAAAAUGUUCCUUAAGUGUUUAACUCUGUGGAAAGAGGAGGGGAAAUAUUUUUUGAGCUCAUAUUGCUAGCCGCAUUUAGCUUUGUUAUUGGUUUCCUGAACCAAAGCUGGAAAACACCUUGGAUAAUUCCCAGUUGGGAUUCUGAGAUAAAUGACUCCAGGAUGCUUUGGACCAACACUGAACCUGUGUUUUUGUUCAGUUCGCAAACUUUUUAUUUCAGUAAAUCUUAAGUAAAGUUGAUUUUAACAGUUCAGUUAAAACCAUGAUGAGUCUCCUCUCUCUCUUUUGUUUUUGUCUAUUGAGAAUGAUCAAAGGGUCCAUAAACAACAAAACAGUUCAACUGAUCUUCUCCUAAUAUCACACUCCUGCUCUGCUGUCUUGUCCUGUCAGGAGGACGGAAGCAGCUCAAAGUCCAGCUUUCUGUUUCCAAAUGAAUCUCUAGGAAAACUUCAUGUUGUGUUUGUGAAGGCAGAACUCCAGAUGAACAAACCAAAACUGACGAUUUCCUCCAAACGCAAACUCAGUUCUGGUUUCAGACCCUGAGUCCGUUUUCCUUUUCAUCAUGUUCUCAUUGUCGGUGCACAGAAACGUUGUCAGUGCUGACGGAACCGGCGCCUGUUCACUGUUCUCUCUCCCCACUUGUUCUUCUCAAGGUUACUCAGUCACAAACCAAUCACAAGACUUGCACCAUAGAAAAGCUUUUUUUUUCUUUUUUGCAGUAAAGUUGAAAUAGGAUGUAUAUUUUCAGAAUGCAGAUUUUUUUUUAAUGUUGGCAUAAGAUGAACAUGGUAUUGUUUUUGCAUAGUAUUAAUUGCUCUCGUGCUGACCCAACAUCAUGGCAGAGGAACCGAGCAAAGCAGCUAAAAUCAUAAAAUGUUAGUGCAGCAUCAGUUGUUCAGUAAAAUCCAUAUUACAGGACUGUAGCUGGACUUCACUGUCAGUACAAAAUGCAGCAGCUACACUUGCACACAAGUGUAGGAGAAAUCUCUGGAUGCUGGUGCAGCCACUGUCAGCCCAGACGUCCCUCCUUUGUACAUUGAGUGCCGUUCCUUGUAUGACCCGUUCUGACACUGACUGGAAGAGAAAGGCAGUGAUAGUGCGAAUGAAUUGGUUUUACUGGAACCGUCCUCUGGUAAUCGGCUCCCCAGCGGUCGUACAUGAACACAGAGGACCUGGGGAAGGUUUUGAAAUGCACACAAUGGAUGAUGGUUGCAAGUAAUGUGAACUGGCUCUUGAGAAUAAACAUGGUUUUAAGAG